AUGGAUUACCUCAACUGGAAAAGCGACAUCAGUCAAGAUCCAUCUAUACCUCGCAUCGACUGGGACGCGCUUACUCAAUACGCGAUUAGCAUAAAAUGCGGACGGUCGGACAAUACAGCACCACCCCUUGAAUGCAAUAUCCCUCCAAUAUACAGUAUGGGCGGGGUGCAUCUAGUUCGUCUCCUCAUCUUUGACGAUGGAACUAGAUGGGUUGCACGUAUACAACUGCACAAAGAAAACCCGCACUCGAAGAUCCUUUUGCGUUCUGAGAAAGAUACUCUUAGCAUCAUCCACGAACGAACAGCUAUUCCCGUUCCAAAGGUCCUAGGUUACGACGAUUGCCAAGAACGUAUUGGGCGCGCUUUCAUGAUCAUGGAAUUCAUUCCUGGUAGUACAGCAAUGAAUGCUUUUGGAGGGCCACAAGUACACGGUGGCGCAAUUCCUCAACAGUUCAAAGCAAAGUUUCAUGGGGACAUUGCCUACAUACAGGCUAGCAUGACCUCAAUACGGUUCCCAAAGAUUGGCAUGAUCUCGCAACGUGAGAACGGAUGCUACGAUAUUGACCCAAUACCCGGCCUUGGGGGCCCUUUUAAAACCGCGCAAGAUUUCUUCCUGGCAUGGGCGGAUAAUGCCAAGUUUCCUAUGGCAGAGGCGUUAAUACGCUCUCAGUUGUCUCAAUUGCCGGUCGACAUGGUGGAGGAAAUCAUCUUUUCCAUCCAUAGUUUUCCUGUUCUUUUCAAGGAAGCCGUGAGGCGAAUGUCCUUUAGCCAAGGACCAUAUCCUCUCCACCACCCAGACUUCAAUCACAGCAAUGUCAUUAUAGACGAUGCAUAUGGCAUUCUUUCCGUCAUCGACUGGGAAGGCGCUUCUACGGUCCCGUGGGAAAUAGUGGAGUUUCCAAUGUUCUUGUACACAGUUCCCCCGCCACUUGACCUCCCAUCAAAAUAUGACCGUACAGGAAAUCCUGUUAGCCCAGAAAUUCAGAGGCGAUGGGAAGAACGCCAGAACUACGUCGAAUCAGUGAAAUGGGUUGAAGAACGGGAAUGUAUUGACUGCAAAUUGUCUGCCACACUAGCUUGCCGUGACACACAGAACCUUGCCACUUCUGUCAGACUCUACGCUGACGUCGGCAAAGUGGGAGACUACUGCAGACUUUUGGGAAAAUAUUGA